AUGUUCCCGGAUUCUUGUCAUCAAUGGAAAAAUUCUUUGGAAUCAGUUGGGAGUCGUCAGGUUUGCCAGAAUGAUUCUAUGUUCUAUUGCCAGUUCGCUACUGGGAUAAAGACGAUUGCAGCAAUAUCAGUAGAACCAUUUGGUGUUGUUCACUUUGGGUCCACUCGGAAGAUUCCAGAAACAAAGGGAUUUGUCGAUCAAGUAACUGAAUCUUUUAGAGGAAUGGGUAAAGGUCAAAGUACCAUUAUAUCGGAAAAUAAAACUUCAUCGCCAGAUAGCAAGAUUUUUGGUACAAAUAGGCCGUUCACUACAUUGGCAUCACACGGGAGUUCUUCCUUUCACGAUAUUCAACAUGGUGCGGAAUAUGCAAAUUUGGCGGAUGCAAGUCAUUCGUCAGUAAUUCUCCCGCAUUCCUUUCCUUUUGCUUCAGACCACCUGUUCAUGAAUACCAUUGAUUCUACAUAUUCUCUUUCCGAGGAUGAGAUUCAAUUGCAGCAGUUGCUUCUAGAGUCUGCUACUUGCAUUGAUUUCUCCACUCAAGCACCUAGCAGUGUAAAACGAAAUUAUGUGUUUACUUCAUCUUGGCAUGAUUUGCCAUGUGAACUGAGGAACAAUGCGUUUUUCACAAGAACAAGCAGUUACAUUUCAUUGCACUCUAAUCCAUUCUCUGAAGAUUCGUCAAACAAUCAAAAUUCUAAAAUGUUACUCCAUUCAAUUGAUGGCCAAGGUCAGAGAUCAUUUAAUUUUUCCACAUUUGAGGAGUCGUUCCCAAUAAGUGAUUUUACAAUGGCUGUCUCUAAAAUGUCCCCUGUGGAUGACCUUUCUCGUUGGUUUUCUUCUCUGCCAGAUGAAAGCAUUACUUCAUCUGCUAUGAAACUCUGUAAUAGCCUAUCACAUGCUGCAGGAUUAAUCCCGGUAGUCAAUUUGAAUGGACACAACUCCUCUACAAACAUGUCAGAAAAUUGUCCAACCAAUUCAUUACAAAGUUCUAUCAAAGAUGCAUUUUAUUGCAUUGGAAAAGAGAAAUGUACUGAAAUGUCUGGCAUUGACGAGCUGUUUUACAGUUUUAAGGAGGAUCCUGUGUGUAAAAGGCCAGAAGAUCAUAAUGAAGACCCAAAUUGCUUUUCAUCAGUUUCCAUAUCGGAAUUUGAUGAUCAAGUAUCAUCCAAUGCUGAAAGAAGGAAAAUUGAGAAUUACUUGCAGAGCCAGCACCAAGUGAAAUUUCAAGGUUUUCCUACCUUUGAUGGGCAAAUGAAACCUCUUAAACCUGUAUAUAAUCCCUGCAAAAGAAUUAUCCUUGAACCCAAUAAUGGUACCUGCACAAAAGAAGCUGGUUCGUUGAUUGGUGAUAGCUCUAGCAUGAAUACUGGAAACUCUUAUUCGCCAAUGAGGAAUGAGGAACGUGUACAGACUGUGAAGAAGAAGGCCAAACCAGGAACAUGUCCCAGGCCAAAAAAUCGUCAAAUGAUCCAAGAUAGUCUUGCAGAAUUGAGGGAACUCAUUCCCAAUGGUGACAAGAUGAGCAUUGAUCGUUUGUUGGAACGAACUAUUAGACACUUGAAUUUCAUGCAGAGUCUCACCAGACGAAUUGUUAAACUUACUGAUAAGUCAAAGAAUGAUAACUCGAGCAGUAGUAGUGGUGGAGUUACGUUGGCAUGUGAAGUUGGCGAUCAGACUAUGGUUUGUCCUCUGGUAGUUGAGGACCUUAGUACCCCUGGCCAAAUGCUUAUAGAGAUCCUCUUUGAAGAACAGGGUUGCUUUUUGGAGAUUGCUAAAAUAAUUCGAGGUUUUGGCUUGAUCAUCUUGAAGGGAGUGAUGGAAAUUCGUGAAACUAAGAUAUGGGCACAUUUCAUAGUGGAGGCUGAGGGAAACUGGCAUGUCACACGCCUUGAAAUAUUUCCAUCUCUCGUACCACUUCUGCAAAUAAUGAGCCCAAGUGAAGCGAUUGCAAGUGAUGAAUAUGAUAGUAUUACCAAGUCAGGGGCUUUUCUAUCGGAAAAUAAUCAGCAUGUUGUUUCACUUCCUGUUAACUUGGCUGACACUUUCCAAUAUGAAAGCUAG